AAGCGAUCUAUACCAGAAUGACAGAGCAGGAGGUAUGAAAAUUGAUUGAGAAAGAGACAGGCCAAUGCAAUCUAUAUCCGAGUGAUAGAGCAUAGACAGGGUUAGAGGCAGGCCAUACCAGAAUAAUAGCCUGUGAAGGGGCAGGCCAGAGUAAUCCAUGUCAGAGACGCUUGGAAAGCAGCCAGGAGAAAGGCCAAAUAAAUCUAUUACCGAAUGAAGGCCGGCGGGGAAAUGGGUGGUAGGACAGACAAGAGCAAUCCAUGCAAGAGACCGGAUCCCUUGAACUGUCUUGCUGCUGCUGGGUCUGAGUGGGGCCGGGAAGGGCGUUAACCCUCGCGGUGCCGGGGCAGGUAAAAUAUUUGCUUUUACUGAAGACUGUUGCCAUGCUAAGAAGAUGGAAGAAAACAAAAUGACGGUCUCCUCACCAUUUGGGCUGCACUUAGUGCACUUGGAUCUCAAAGGUGCUCCACCAAAGGUCUCCUACCUGGCUGAGAUCUUUCCUUUAUUUCGUACCCUUGGUGCCAAUGGCCUUCUCAUUGAAUAUGAGGACAUGUUUCCUUAUGAGGGAGAGCUGAAGCCACUCAGAGCAGAGCAUGCUUACAGUGCCUCAGAGAUUAAAGAGAUUUUAAAUUUGGCAAAAUUGCACAAGUUAGAAGUUAUCCCUCUGGUGCAGACCUUUGGACACAUGGAAUUUGUCCUAAAACACCAAGAGUUUUCUCACCUCCGGGAAGUGGAGAUGUUUCCAAAUGCCCUCAACCCACACAAAGAGGAAUCCCUGAUGCUGGUCAAUGCAAUGAUUGACCAGGUUGUGGCGCUGCACGAUGGCUUACGAUGGUUUCACAUAGGCUCUGAUGAGGUCUACUAUCUUGGUGAAGGGGAGGAAUCAAAGCAAUGGCUGCAGAAAGAAGAGAACAGCACAGAGAAGCUGUGUCUGUCCCACAUGAAAGCAGUUGCAAGUUGCAUGGUCUCGUCUCAUCCAGGGGUGAAGCCCAUUGUGUGGGAUGAUAUGCUCAGGGGGGUGAGUGAGGAAACACUGACAGAGUCUGGGGUAGCUCAGCUGAUGGAGCCAAUGAUUUGGGACUAUGCACCGGAUCUUGACGAGGAUAACAAAGUGCUUCUCAUUGAAAAGUACCGCAAGUGUGGCUUCCCCAAGCUGUGGUUUGCUAGUGCCUUUAAAGGAGCCACUGGGGCGAAUCAGUCUCUAACCCUGAUUGGACACCACCUAAAAAACCAUCUCCAGUGGCUGAAAGUGGCAAACAGCACCCCUGCUGAUAUGCUCCAAGGCAUCGCCCUGACCGGCUGGCAAAGGUAUGACCACUUCUCUGUCUUAUGUGAGCUUCUUCCAGUGGGAAUCCCAUCAUUAGCUGUGUGUCUACAGGCACUACAGAAUGGUGCCUAUUCUGAAAAGGUUAAAGAAAAUGUGGAGAAACAGCUGGGGCUCUCAAGUCUGGAAAUCGACACUUUCAUGAGUGAAAGUUCAGGGACCUUUCCAGGGAGUGACAUCUUUACACUUGUGACUCAGGUUUGCUUCUAUCUGAAGCCCUCAGUAGACGAACUUCUUGAAAGAAACAGGUAUGUCACAGGCUGGUUCAGCCCCUACCACAGAAAGAGGAGGAUCGUUCAUCCUAUAAUGAUGCAUCAUUUUCAGCCGGAUGCACUAAGUCUUCUAGCCAAGUGGAAUGCUGUGAUGCAAGAGCUUCAAGCAGCCCUUGAGAGAGUUUUCUACAUGUGUACCCUAGAAGAGUGGAUGGAGGAGAAUGUCCAUCCCAGCUUACACAAACUGCAGGAAGUAGUGGAUGACCUAGACAAAGCAAUACAAGCACAAUCCUAGCUGCCCUCACAAACUGCCAAACGUCUUAUCUAAGAGCCUGGCUGGUGCAAAUUCAUGAGUAACUGUAUAGCCAGAGGAAUAAAGUACCCAUGUAUAAUAAAGUGGAUGCAACUUCACUGAAGUUGAGUUGGGCCCUAUCCACAGCAAGGAAUUUGCAUCAGCACAGCUAGAAUGACCAAGUAUGAAGAUGUGGGGUUCUAUCUUUACCUCCAACCAAUGCCGAAACUCAGCCUCUGAAAUCAGCUACUGCAAUAUGCGUACUUGGCCAGACUUACUUCUGUGUAUAACAAUGAAAACAAGAAUGAGGCCAAGCUUGGCUGUGUCCUUAGUAGUGGGAGUAUAGGGAGAGGAGAAAGUGCAUCAAGACAGAUCUUGAAUUUUGAAAAUAUUUCUCUUUUAGGUAAAAGUGACCUGAAAAAGUAAUGUGGCAAAUUCCAGUCACUCACCAGUAUGAGCUGAAUGCCCCCUUCCCCACCCCCAAGAUUCCGCAUACUUCUGCCUUGUUGUAAGUCUUUCCAUUAUGGCCAUCUGAUUCUUGCUCAGAGGCAGUGUUCCAGUACACAUCCUACUGCAGCAUUAUGACAAAACUUCAGUCAAUCCAUGGCUCCGGAUAAGUCCUGUUUGUGACAUUCUUAGUUUCUAAAGUAUAGAAAGAAACUUUAAAAAACAAAAAGCCUACAUCCAGCUUUGAGCAGGUUCAAAUCUGGAACUGAAGGUCACAACUUGACCUUUUAAAAAAAAAAGUUAUUAAAAUACAGGUUUUAACUAGCUUUUUAGGAGAACAGGAGAAAGAUGUCUUUGAGAGCUGUGACAUCACAGCAUGGUGUAUGACAGGGCAUCAAAGCAGGAGUCAGCUGGCUUUAGUGGACUUGCAGGACUUGAAAUGAGAGGUGGGAAAUGAAUUUUUGGUAACAUGCUGAACACUGCAGUCUGGUUAUUUGAGGAAGUUUCUUAAAGCCUCUCAACAUAACAGAAAAGUACCGAAAUCACUUCAGACACCCUUCAGUCCUUAGCUUCAUAACUAUAAAUCUGACUUUUGUUGCAUCUACUUGCAAAGUUAGAAACUAGUCUGAAGUCAAUAGAAAGACAGCCGUAGGCUUUCGGUGCUUGAGAUGAGGGCUCUUAACCAGUUUACAAGAGCUGUGAAACAUGAACUUGUAUGUAAACCAUUAACAAGCAUAUUGUAACUACUAGGCACAAAAUAAGUCUGUGAAAAUCAGAUACUCCAAGUGUGAAUUUACAAUAAAUAUUCAAAAUACCUUUUAAAAUGUUUGCUUCGUUCAUUGCUUUCUUGAAACAUCUAAAUACAGAGUUUAAAGAUUGAGUAUGGGGCCAAGUUGUAAUGUCUACUUUGAAAUUAGUAUAUCUCUGAACUACUGAGAAAGGCAGAGAUACAAUAAAUGGGGAGAGGCAGUAUAGAAUGGGAUUCACAAAAGCUAUCUCACUAGGCAGCUCCUUGCCUAAGGUAGGCAAUGGGAGAUGCCAAACUGAGGGAGGCGUGCUAAGCCCCUCCCGCUUGGAGAUAGGUGCUUAAGUGCUGGCUGCAGGGACAUGCAUCCCUCUACUUGGGUUUCUCAGCUGUGAACCUCUGCAUAGGCACCUAUGCUGUUUUUGCAAAAAGCUGGGCAGGAGGGAAGCCUUUCUUCAACUUUUAGCCCAGUGGUUAAGGUACUCACCUGGGAUGUAGGAGAGCCCUGGUUCAAGUCCCCUCUACCACCUGAGGUGAGUGCUCUAACCAGUGAGCUAUUCUGAUGUCUAUUUCAAUAUCUCCUGUGCAAACUGUCCACUGUGGAUAAAUACUGCUACUUUCUAAACUACUCUGAAUGUCCUUGCCUCAAAGAGGUUGGGCCUUUGGUUCAUUGUAUAUGAUAUGCCUUGCUCUGGACUUCCGGGGAAUAAACAAGGAUGGGUUAGCCUCAGGACAUUUGGCUCAGUUCAGAUAAGCCCUUUUGUAGCUCUUUUCAGCAGUAGAUCUCAAAGCACUUUACAAAGGAGGUCAGUAUCAUUAUCCCCAUUUUACAGGUGGGGAAACUGAACCACAGAAACGUGAAGUGGCUUGCCCAAGGUCACCCAGCAGGCCAGUAGCUAGCGGGGAAUGGAAAUCAGGGCUCCUGAGUCCCAGUCCAGUGCUCUAGUCAGAAGCAAUGUUAUUCAUGGUGGGAAAUGGAAGGGAUUUAAAUAAAGGCAUGAGUGUUUAAAAUGUUACCAUCCCACUAUAGAAUGCUAGUUCCCCCAUACCUUUACAGAUGUGCCUUAGAAAUGAAGUCCAAAUUAGACUUUAACACACUUCAAAUUCAUUUCUCUUCAUUGGUCCAUGCAGCUUCCCAACCCCAGCUGUCUGGGACAAUGCUGCCACACCCCCUGGCUUGAACAAACACCAAAUAUGUGGUUUCCACCAUUAGCACCCCCAUUAUAAAAAUUGUUCCAGCACCCCUGGACUAGGAGUCACCUUACUGGCUGAAGGAGAAUCACUAGUAUGCUAGACUGGCAGAGGCCUGCUUUAAUUCUCAAAACUUGUAGCCACACAGUCCCUUCCUGUUUACCAAUAAGAGUAGGUCUCUUCUUUCUGUUCUGCAGACAGCUGCUCCACUUUCUGUUAUCUGACCAGCAGCAUGUGCAUAUGCCAUUUUGGUUUAAUUCAGUGGCUCUCAACAUUUCCAGACUAAUGUACUCCUUUCAGGAGUCUGAUUUGUCCUGCCUACUCCCAAGUUUCACCUCUCUUAAACGACUUGCUUACAAACUCAAACAUAAAAAUACAAAAGUGUCCCAGCCCACUAUUACUGAAAAAUUGCUUUCUUUCUCCUUUUUACUAAUUAUAAAAUAAAUCAAUUAGAAUAUAAAUAUUGUACUUAUCAGUGUAUAGUAUACAGAUCAGAAUAAACAAGUGAUUUGCCUGUAUGAAACUUUAGUUUGUACUGACUUUGCUAGUGCUUUUUAUGUAGCCUGUUGUUAAAUUAGGCAAAUAUCUAGAUGAAUUGAUGUAGCUAAUGUAGUGCCCAUCUUUAAAAAAGGGAAGGAGGAGGAUCUGGGGAAUUACAGGCCAGUCAGCCUCACCUCAGUCCCUGGAAAAAUCAUGGAGCAGGUUCCUAAGGAAUCAAUUAUGAAACACUUAGAGGAGAGGAAAGUGAUUGGGAAUAGUCAGCAUGGAUUCACCAAGGGGAAGUCGUGCCUGACUAACCUAAUUGCCUUCUAUGAUGAGAUAACUGGGUCUGUGGAGGAGGGGAAAGCAGUGGAUGUGUUAUUCCUUGACUUUAGCAAAGCUUUUAAUACAGUCUCCCACAGUAUUCUUGCUGCCAAGUUAAAGAAGUAUGGGCUGGAUGAAUGGACUGUAAGGCGGAUAGAAAGCUGGCUAGAUCGUCGGGCUCCACAGGUAGUGAUCAAUGGCUCCCUGUCUAGUUGGCAGCCGGUUUCAAGCGGAGUGCCCCAAGGGUCAGUCCUGGGGCUGGUUUUGUUUAAUAUCUUUAUUAAUGAUCUGGAGGAUGGUGUGGACUGCACUCUCAGCAAGUUUGCAGAUGACACUAAACUGGGAGGCGUGGUAGAUACACUGGAGGGUAGGAAUCAGAUACAGAGGGACCUAGACAAAUUAGAGGAUUGGGCCAAAAAAAUACCCUGAUGAGGUUCAACAAGGAUAAGUGCAGAGUCCUGCACUUAUGACGGAAGAAUCCUAUGCACUGUUACAGACUAGGGACCGAAUGGCUAGGUAGCAGUUCUGCAGAAAAGGACCUAGGGGGUCACAGUGGACGAGAAGCUGGAUAUGAGUCAACAAUGUGCUCUUGUUGCCAAGAAGGCUAACAGCAUUUUGGGCUGUAUAAGUAGGGGCAUUACCAGCAGAUUGAGGGACGUGAUCGUUCCCCUUUAUUUGACAUUGGUGAGGCCUCAUCUGGAGUACUGUGUCCAGUUUUGGGUCCCACACUACAAGAAGGAUGUGGAAAAAUUGGAAAGAGUCCAGCAGAGGGCAACAAAA